AUGAAGAAGGUGAGAAGCUCACGGCGGCACCACGCCGGCAACAUCGGGGAGGAUUGUUGUGUUUUGUGCAGAUUGAGUGACGACGACCCGGCGAUGUUUGGAGAGAAGGUCACAGUGAAGGAGCCGAAACUCACCGUCCACUACUUCUGUUUGCUGACGUCCUGUGGAGUUUACCAGCGAGGGACGGACACUGAGGGAGUCUUUGGUUUCCUGGUGAAAGACAUCAAGCAGGAGAUGAGACGCUCGGCUCGACUGACUUGCUGCAGCUGUAAGAAGAAGGGUGCGUGUGUGGGCUGUUACGUCAGCAGCUGCAGGAAGACGGUUCACUUCCCCUGCGGGAGGAAGAAGAAGUUCAUCUCUCAGUUCAGUGACCUUUUCCCGUCGUAUUGUCCGGAUCACAGUCCCACUCAGUCCCUGUGUGUGACCUCUGACCUCAGUCUGCCUCAGGCCUGCUCCGUCUGUUUGGACGCCAUCGACCCCGUCCUGUCCUUCUCCGUCCUCAAGUGUCCCUGCUGCCACGCCAGCUGGUUCCACAGGGAGUGUGUGCAGCGCCAGGCCCACAGCGCCGGCCUCUUCUUCUUCAGAUGCACUCUGUGCAGCAACAAGGAGAGCUUCCAGGAGGAGAUGCUCAGGAUGGGGAUCUACAUCCCAGAGAGAGAUGCUUCAUGGGAGUUGGAGGCCAACGCAUAUUCUGAGCUGCUGGAGGUUUACAACCAGUGUGACGCGGCCGCCUGCCUCUGCACCGACGGACCCACACACUCCGCCAAGACCGGGUGGUUCGAGGUGAUUCGCUGUCGGCUGUGUGGAUCCAGAGGAACUCACAGGAAGUGCUCGGGCCUGAAGCUGCACACCAGGGACUGGGCCUGCAGCGGCUGCACACAGGCCACGGACGGGAAGGCCUCCCUGGUGGCGUCUCCUCCGAACGCUCCAAGAAGGAGUCUCCUGUCCAAACGCCACCUGUCCCCCAUCCACUCCUCCAUCAGCUGUAAAAGGCCGUCGUUUCCCGUCACAGCCGGGUCUCCUGAGGAGCUCCUGCUGGCGCUCGCCCCUCAGCUCCGCCCACUCACCGUCCAGGUGGAGGUGAGCGGGUAUCAGGCUCUGUUUGCUGGUCUGGAUCUGGUCCAGAGGCCGGACUUCGACCCCACGUGCACUCUGUCCGUCAGGUCAGAUAACCCCCCCCCUCACAGCCUCGGCGGCGGCCAAGCCGCCCGGCAGCACUUCCUCGAGCUGCUGGUGCAGCAGGUCCAGGACUCUGCCGUGUUCGAGGGUCCAGAUGGAUCCAAGAAUCUGGCUCUGGAUUAUCAGGCUCUGCGUGAGGACCUGUACUUUGACGUGGGCUGCCUGCUGGCUCUCUCUCUGCUCCACGGCGGCCCCCCCGUCAGCUUCUUCUCCCGGGGGCUCUUCCAGUGUCUGUUCAACCACCCCCCGAACCGCCCGCUCACCGUCGCACACAUGACCCCCGACGCACACUUCACACGCCUAGUCAGCAGGAUCCAGGAGGCGGAGUCUCUAGACAGCCUGAAGGAAGCCAUGACUUCCAGUUGGGAGUUCCUGGAGCUGGCUGGUUGCAACCGGCCGGUGCGGAGCCUGGAGGAGAGGGAGGCGCUGGUGGAGGAUCUGGUCAGCUUCAGUCUGAUCACCAGGAUGCAGCUGCCACUGCAGAGGUUCCGUGAAGGUUUGCAGACGUUGGGCGUCUUUGAUCAGGUGCAGCUGUUCCCCUCCGUGUUCUACGGCGUUUUCUGCGAAGCAGCCGGUCGCCUCACGGCUCAGACGCUCGGUCAACUCUUCAUCAUCAACUUGUCCGAGGAGGAGGAGAAGCUGGACAAGGAGACGCCCGUCGUCACCUUCUGGAGACACCUCCUGCUGGAGUGUGAAGUUGGAAGGAGCUCCAUUUCCCUGCAGGACCUCCUUCUCUUUGCCACAGGAGCAGAGGAGCUUCCAGUUACCGGCCUCCUCCGUCCUCCCUCCAUCUCUUUCCUCCACCCCUUCCGCUCCUCCUCACCAGGAGUGGAGGAGAUGGGCGGAUCAGGGGAGGAGGAGUGGAGGGGGGGGCUCUUCCCUCAGAGCGAGCCCAGCUCUAAGCACCUCCUCCUGCCCGUCAGCUCCUCCUACCAGUCCUUUAAAAGCUGCAUGGAGCAGGCCGUCAGCCACCACGUGCACCUCCUCCCGACGGAGCGUUAG